AUGUCAUCUGAAAAAAACUUUGAAGAUAUUGUAAAAAAAGUUAUAGAUCUUUUCAAUAAUGACCAAUUAGAAUCCGCUUAUUUGUCAGCAAAAGAAAAUAUCGAAAAAAUUCCAUCAAAUCAUAUUUUUUAUGAUAAUAUCAUUUUUCAUUUCUCUUUAACUAUCUUAAAAUUGAAGAAAGAUGAAGAAAUCGCUAAAGUCCAUGAAUAUAAAGAUUAUUUUGAAACGUCAUCUAAAUAUUCAAAAACCAAAGAUAAAAGAAAUAUUGCUAACAAAUUUUUUUGUGAACUUUUUGAUGAAAUUUCACAUUAUGAAUCAGAGAGAAGAUUAGAAGAUAUUAUAUUUGAUACUGAACACGCAUUUGAUGAAGAAGAUUAUGAAAAUGCGUAUUCUAAACUAAAUGAAAUCAUAAAGCAAAUUCCCGCUACCCAUAAAGAAUAUAAUAAUAUUGUACACAAACUUUCAUUAUGUAUUUUGAGUUUAGAUAAGAAAAACGAAUUUAAGAGAGUUGAGAUUUUUAUUAAAUAUCUUAAAUCGUUAAGUAAUUCUGGAUCAGAAGAGGAAAAACAAGAUACUAAAAUAUUAGCUAACGAAAUUGAAAAUGAACUAUCAGAAAAAUUAUUUUCAUCUAUUGAAUAA